AUGAUUGAUGCCAUUCUCAGUGUCGCUGAUCUUGAAGAGAUUACAGUCAAGAGAAUCAGGAAUGCUCUCCAGGAGCUCUUUGCCGUCGACCUUCUUCCUCAUAAGAAAGAAAUGAAUAGCUUUAUCCUACAAAGGUACUAUAAGCUACUAGACGAAAAGGAAAACCCAAAGUCAGACGACGCUGAGAAAAUCAAGAAAGAGCGGGAGUACCAGGACCACUUGCUAGCGCAGAAGUUGCUGCGAUCAGACAAUAACAGGCCCAUCACUCGCCGUGGUAUCACUCCGUCGAAAGUUACGAAAAAGAAAACCACACGAAAACUGGGUAGAACACCCAACACCGCAUUCAAUGCCGAGCUUGUGCUUUCUCCACAACUCCAGGAGGUGGUAAAGAGCGAGCGCAUGAGUAGGCCCCAGGUGGUGAAGCAGAUUUGGACAUACAUUAAGGUGAACAAUCUUCAGGACCAACUGGACAAGAGAAAGAUUCACUGUGACGAAAAAAUGAGAAACUUGUUCAAAAAACUGCUGGUCGGAAUGUUUGAGAUGAAUAAGCUUCUCGGCGAUCAUAUGUAUAAAGAUGGAGAGGUUGUCAAUGGGAACGGCAAGAGAGACAUAAGCGAUGAAGACAAUGACGAUGAAGAAGAGGGCGAGGCUACUUUUCAUGAUGAAAGUGACAGGAAAGAUGUGAAGCAGGAACAGGUUUCUGAAGAAAGCGAGAUCAGCGAUGUUGACGAGUAG